AUGAACCGAGAUAUGAAGCUGGAUGUUGACUCCGCCAUGGCCGACCAACUUCUAGACAAGAACAGCCGCUAUGAGGGCUACUUCGCCUAUCGACCACUAUCCAACCUACCCACACCGCCCCCAAGCUCUCGCAACUCAUCCGCGGCUCAAUCACCACGAACUACACUCGACGAUGGAGAGCCAUUGAUGCCUCGAUUUCGAGGCCCUGCAAUCCACCUUGUCAACCUCAUCCCGUCAUCUGCUUCUCUGGCCACGGCCUCUGUCCCUCUUGUUCAGGCCAUUCUGAGCCGCGCCAAUCUCCCGAUUGAGACCGUUGCUCUCGCAGUAUGCAUUCUCGAUAGCCUUGACUCCCGCUUCGCCCGACGAUGGCGCCUCUCGUGCCCCCUGCUGUCCGGCUACUUCUCAACGUCUAAGCGACACACUCUCCCGCCGACGCCCAUCAUGCCUCAACGACAACAGUUACACAUCGACUCAGUCAACCCCGAGCUCAUCAUUUUGGCAGCCCUUGUCAUUGCGGUCAAGUUCAUGGAGGAUCCUCAGGAGGCUUCUCAGUACUAUUGCAAGGCCUGGGGCCGGGGCAUGUGGUCACCCGAGCAGCUCAACACCACCGAGCGAUGCAUCAUGGAGAACCUCAACUACCGCAUCAUGCCCCUUUGCGACGAAGACUGUCUGACGGAUGCCAUGGUGGAUAUGCAAUAUGCCGCCCAGCAGCCCCAAUGGGACAUUAACGAGAAUAUGCCUGCGGAUAGUGACGACGAGAGCGACGACAGCAACAACCACAAUAACUAUGUGCCUAGCCACUCCAGAUCAAAGACACUCGGCACAGGAUCAGCUGUAUUGGGGCUAGGCCUUUCUCUCACACCUGUCGACACCCCGACUGCUGAGGCCAGCCACUCGACUACCCCGCAACCGUCAAGGCUCUGCAAUGACUACUUCAACCAUUUCCAGGCACGAGAGGCUUAA